AUGGACAAGACGUUCGCGAGCGCACUACGUAAUUCACGGUUAGCCAGCUUCGAUCGAAAACUUCCACAAGUGUAUGCAACCUCACGAAACUGCAAACGAGGGGGCGAAUGGGGCCUGAAGCGCAACCUGCCCUCCGUCAUUCGUACACCUCACAUUACGGUUUCCGAUCUCGACACAGCAGAACAUCAAACACCCUGGCAAUCGGGUAGUUCGCAAGUCCUUUUCGUCCGACGAUGGAAAGAGAAUUUCCCCGUCAGCAAACGACCCAUGCCGCGCAGUGAACAAAAAGAAUACAACAUUGGUAGCAUGACGCCUGCCGAAUUUAAACAGUUCAUCAAACAUGCCAGUAAACGAGCACCCGAAUUUCAACAAAAGUUAAAGUCAAAAGAAUUGGUACAAGACCAAGUGUACGAAUUUUUGGGUGCAACUUUCAGCAACAAGACGAUGGUUGGGCCCACAUACAGCGAUUAUCAGCAGGUGGAAAUGGGAUACCCAGUCCAGGGUCGUAUUUUGGGUUCCGUCGAAGGAGGCUAUGCGGUCGGCAUCGGUGGUGUCGUUGCAUUCUUGCCUAAACGCAUGGCGUUGAACGUUAGACGGACGGGCGAUCGCUCCGUACGUACAUUUUAUGUGCAGCAUGCUAGCUUUGACAAGGAUGGCCGGCCUCGUGUCACGCUGCGUCUG